AUGGACAUCCUAGACGAGCAUUAUUGUGAUGAAGACCACAUCCUCAUCUUUGACAAUGCCACCACUCACCUAAAGUGUGCUGAUAACACACUUACCGCUCGCAAGGUGCCUAAAGGCAUACCGAAGAAUGGGGGGAACUGGGGUAUUGAGGUGAACCAAGUUGAUGCAGAUGGGAAAUCUGUGUUCAUCGCAGAUGGGAAAAUCUGCAAGAUCAAGCCACUCUAUUUCCCUCUGGAUGACCCAUGCGGUCCUGAGGGCGUCUUCAAAGGGAAGGCAGUGAUUUUGGAGGAACGCAAACACAAGGAUCCAUCAAAAUUCAUGGUCCCCAAUUACACAAAGCUGAAAGCCCAAUGCGGAAAGAAUUUCAACUGCAAGAAAAAUCAAAUCAACUGUUGCUGUUGGCGGAUUCUCUACACACAACCUGACUUUGUCAGGGUCAAGUCCCUCCUGGAGACGCUUUGCAAAACUUGUGGUUAUCAAGUGCUUUUCCUCCCAAAGUUUCACUGUGAGGUCAACUUUAUAGAGCAAUGCUGGGGCUUUGCAAAGCAGCUGUAUUGA